AUGAUGGACUGCCUGUGCCCCGCGCCGCGCACGCUGGCUUGUCGAGUGGUGCUACUCGACGAACGAGAACUCCUGCAUGAAAUACAGGAUAACAACACCGGCCAAGCGUUACUAGACGUAGUGUUUCGACACUUGGAUCUCCUAGAAACAGCUUAUUUUGGUCUCCGCUACGUAGACCAAGAUAAUCAAACGCAUUGGCUGGACGCGGGCAAGAGAUUGCGUCGUCAGCUUCGAGGCUCCGAUCCUCAUACUUUCUACUUCGGAGUAAAAUUCUACGCGGCAGACCCAUGCAAGCUCCUAGAAGAGAUUACCCGGUACCAGUUGUUCUUGCAACUGAAGCAAGACGUGCUGCGCGGUCGGCUGCCUGUCAACUUCGACCUCGCUGCCGAGCUCGCCGCAUAUGUGCUGCAAUCGGAGCUGGGCGACUACGACCCGAGGCGACAUGGGCUCGGUUACGUGUCUGAGUUCCGCUUGUUGGCGCACCAGACUCCGGAGCUCGAGGCGCGCGCUGCUGAAAUACAUCGCACACUCACGGGAAUUUCGCCGGCACAAGCAGAAUUGAGCUACUUGGAUAAAGUGAAAUGGCUUGACAUGUAUGGUGUGGAUUUACAUCCAGUUUUGGGUGAAGACAGUGUCGAAUAUUUCCUCGGGCUGGCGCCAAGCGGUCUUUUACUGUUACGCGGAAAACACACAGUUGCGAACUAUUAUUGGCCGCGCGUCUCCAAACUUUAUUACAAGGGACGCUACUUCAUGCUCCGCGUAGCAGAUAAGAAUAAUGACACAUCAACCUACGGCUUCGAGUCCCCGACGAGGUCAGCCUGCCGUCACCUUUGGCGUUGCUGUUCAGAUCAUCACACCUUCUUCCGAAUGCAGCAGACAUCGCCAGCAUCAGCCGAUAUCUUCUCAUUAGGAACCAGACUGAGAACUAGUGGCAGAGGAUCAAGACCCCGUCCUCCUCCCGCGUUCACGCGGACCCCGUCUCGACGUAUCGGGCGACCGCAACACGCUUCGCACGCAUCGCUUAAUGAUGUGCCAAAAUUAGAAGACUUGAGAAUAAAAGACUGUCCCCCAGAAAUCAAACAACCUACCUCAGUACAUCGGCCAAACUCGCUUCGAAUCAGUGGUGAAGUGUUAGGUGUCGAAGUUCCCACGGUGGGAGGAUCACCAAGAUCCACUCGGUCUGCGCCUACUCGACGUGGUCUCUACUCCGCCUCGCCAACCGCCACUAGGCCACCACCAGCUCCAAGACAUCGAUCAGCAUCAGUUGACUCACAAAGCUCUAACGAUUCACGUUCUAAUCGCAAACAUAAACAUCGUUCACGAAGACAGCAAUCAGACGCUGAGAGUGAACUGUCUCGAGGCUCAGGACGGUCAGGACGACGGCAUCGACGUCAUCGGUCCAGACAUAAGCACGAGUCCGGCUCCGAGAGGGAUGACUCACAGCCAGAUACCAAAGAAUACGAACUGGUUGAUUCAGAAUCGCAAUGGAAGGAAGUUCUCCGACAAACCACUGUUGGCAGCGGAGUUCAAGUGGCAAACGUUCGUCGCUCGCAAAUGGAGCCGGAGACUGGGACACAUCGAUCAUCUCACAGACACCGGCGACAUAGAAAACAUCGGUCUCGGUCGGGCUCCCCCAACGACAAGAAAUGGUUACCAAGUGAGUUGAAACAGCACUUGGAGUUCUCAUUAGUAGACACGACUGGUAUGACUGAGGAACAACUGAAGGAAAUACCGUACACGGUUGUUCAGACCAGCCAUGCACGGCAGACUAAGCUGCGAACUUCUUCAAAGCAUCGACAGGCUGAACACGGAUCAUUAGCAAGACGAGAUAAAAGUUCGUCAUCUCAUGGCAAAAAUAUCCACGAUAGUCACAACCAGGGAUCCCUUCGAUCUAGCUCUAGCACACUAAGCACGCACCGGACCGGCCACGAGAAACAUGGAAGACGUGUUUAUCCGAGCUACGAUGAACCCGUUGGGAGGACGGGCGAUGAUUUCUUGACAAAUAACGGGUACAAAGGCAAUGUGACGCCGAUUUCGAACAACAACAACCCUUACAGCCCUGUUACCAACAGCAACAGUAACAGCUCAAGCGGUGAACUGAUUGGCAGUGCGCGCGUCUCACACGAACACACUGACUCGGGGCUCGGGGCAGAUCAGGACUACGCGUACUCUUCGGAGAGGUCCAGCGACAGUGCCAAGUGCGGAGCUGGAGGGUCUUCACGGACGGCGCCUGUGAGUAGGCAGUGGGCGAUGGGCGAGGCGGGUUUGCGGGAGGCGCGGGGCGCGGGCGGGGGUGGCGGCGGUGCAGUCACUCGCCGGCCUCCAGCAGCUCCAGGGCGCGCGCGCGCCUCCGUGUCGGGCUCGCAGCGCUCGCUGCUGUCGGUGGCCAGCGACUCAGCCACCGCGCGCCGCCCCCGCGACCUCGCGCCGCGCUACCCUCACCCGGCCGACGGGGGCUUUUCUCUCUUCAGACAUGCUAGCAACAACAACAUAUUGGUGGGCGAGAGCGGGUCGCUGGCUCGGCGGUACGCGCGGCCGACGCGGGAGUCGCGCGACCACAACGCGAACGUGGCGCGCACGCACUCGCGGCUCGCGCACCAUCGACACGACAACACCCUCGACAUUAUCCUUAAACCUCUCAUAGAAAGCACGCAGCUGCAGAGCAACUGA